AUGUACUCGUUCUAUGUUGAUUUGAACGUUUCUGUAACAACCCAGAGGAACUGGCAGUUGGGGGAGGGUUUUGUUUUCCAUGACGCUUGCUGGAGACUCCUGCAAGAAGUCUUCUACCCGCUCCCAAUUCCUCUUGAAAGACUGUUGGAUGUCUUCCGAUCCCUUCCUAGCGAGUCGACACUGUCGGCUCAGCCUGCUUUCUGGGGUCACGAUUAUGGAGGCGUUGCUUUGAUAAACACUGGAGACUACUUUCCCUGGGAAGUCUCCCCCUUUUUUGCACCGCCAGCGCCCGCUAGCUUCGGUUUGCCUGGAUCGGAUCCUGUUUUUGAAGAUGACCCUUCCCAGACCGUUGGAUUCCAUCACCUUGUUCAGCUGAAUUCUAAAGCCCCGGAGCAACCGCACAUUGCCUUGCGGAGAGCAGCCACGCAACCAUCGCGCCCUUCGGCCAAAGACCCAUUUCUGGCACUCCCGAAAGAGCUUUGCAACGCGAUCGCUGUUUUGUUGCCGACGGCGGACGCGCUCCGAGCCCGUUUGGUAUCGCGGGCAUUCUGGCCUAUCUUCUACGACCAACACUUCUGGAUAUCUCGGUUUAAAGCGCCACGGAGCCGGUCGUGGCUUUUCGAGGCGAGAGACGGGCCGGCGACUGACUGGCGUUCCCUGUACCGCCGCACCCGAGAUAAUGCGCAUCUUCCCCGUGAUCUGAUCAACAGACGAAGGAUAUGGGGGCUGCUCAAACAAGUGGAAAGCAUUGUGGCGCUCACGUGGCAUCCCCUGCCCCCAUCCCUGCCGCAGGAGUGGUCUUUCGACGCGGCCGUAAACGACACCCACCCGGGCCACGUCCACAAUGAAGUUGGCGGGCUGUUUUCUCAUAGCUUCGGGAUGGGAUGCACGCUGCUUACAGAGCAAAAGGUUGCCAUCCCGAAACUGCUAGAACGCCUGUCUAUCCAUAUCGCUUCGUUCGGCGGCGAAGUGCAUGUUGUAGGGAUGUCGUUUGCCACGGCUACCGAUACGGUUCACUUGGGAUACUCGUCGUCUUCCGUGCAAUCGGUUCAGGUCAAGGAGUUGUGGGGCUUCCGAGUAGCCCUCGGUUUCCGCGGUAUUCGGGGUCUCCAGUGCGUCACAGGGCCCGGGGAGUCGGAGUCUCCCUGGCUUGGAUCUUUAGAUGAUACCCUACAGACCGACCGACUGGUCACGGGGGGGCGCGUGAUAGGCAUCGUGGUGGGGUUUGAUGCCGGAAAGAUUGUCAGCCUCACCACUAAAACACGACUUCCCAGCUCCGGGAUGAAGUGUCCAGGUCAGAGCGGACUCCGGGAUUCAUCGUUAUGGUAUCCCUCUGUUCCAUCUCAGACGGUCAGUUUAAAUGACGACACAUUUGUCCUGCAAGAUUACGGCGAAAUUGGGUUUAAACCCCUCUUCCACUGUCAUUUCGGGGGACCCGGUGGGGUGUACCUGCGGCAUUUGAUUGGGAUUACAGGAGUGAAAUCCCGCGGCUCUCUGCUUCGAAUUGUGUUUUCCUUUGACCGGCCAGUCCCCGAGGCGCAUCAGCGCUUCGGCCGUUCACGGGUACGGAGCAACGAAGCUACCGCCUCGUUUGCGAUUGACGGCCCCAGAGGAGAGCGCAUCGUGGCCAUUAAGAUAAACUAUCUCGCAUAUCGGUCUGCCUUACGUGAGGAAAUAGACUCCUUCGUUCAGCGCUUCGAAGUAUGUCUUUUUUCGUUUAUCCUUAUAUCCUUCACACUGGCGUAA